CCGGAUUUGGUUAGUGGCUUGACGAUCGCCUCGGCUCGCCUCCCCAAACCUUACGCAGCCUGACUAGACUCAAACAUCAUCAUCGACGACGCCUCUGCGUCAACACAGCCGUGCGACAAUUGAAGCUGCACACCUACAAUGCAAUAACAUCCAUCUCAAGCAUUGCUCCUGAAUCUACUCACGAUGGCCUCAGCCCCAUCACAAGCCUCACGUAGGCGCUCCUCUCCGUCCGAACAACCAACACCACCUCAAGCUUCGACCUCGAGCAAUCGACAAUCCCCUUCCCCAAAAGACUCAGGCGUCGUGGCCAUCAACGCCCCCCAAGCCGAAUCUGCAACUUCCCCCACACCACAACCACAAACACCCGCGCCAGAGAUACGAAGAUGCUGGGUGUGCAUGGGCGACGAGACAGACGAUCCAGAAAACAACGUCUGGCGAAGUCCAUGUCCCUGCUCCCUCACAGCCCACGAAUCCUGCCUCCUCGAAUGGAUCGCCGACAAAGAAGCACCUCCACCCGGGCAAAUUGCACAUAACCACGAGAUCAAAUGUCCACAAUGCCAAACACCGCUGAAGAUCCAGCGGCCUCGAGAUGCACUGGUGACUUUGGCGGACGGGGUCCAUAAGGUAGCGAGGACUCUGAUAUUACCGACCGCGUUGUGCGGUAUAGCUGGAUGUUUUUAUUCGGGGUUUCUGAGCUAUGGGGCGAAUGCAAUGGCGUUGGUGUUUGGCACAGAAGCUGCAGAUGCCCUGCUUGCUCCGCAGACCUUCGACUCAAUUCAUAAUUCACAUGUGGUGAGGAGGUGGCUGCAAAUUGCGGCUGACUAUCCACUGACCGCAUUUGGACAGCUGUUCCCAUUCUUCCCACGGAUUCGCUCCCCGGCCAAUAUUCCGUAUUACCUUGGCUUACCACUGAUCGGCCCCUCCCUGGUUCUAUGGCGAACGAGUUACGGUCAUCUCGGAUUCACGAUGCUGGUUCCCAUUUAUUUCUUCGACUCAGCCAAUCGCGAAAUCGCCUGGCCACCCACCCCAGGCCUCGCAUUCGCAACCCUCCCUUACCUCCGCUCCUUCUACGUAGAGCUCUAUAAAUAUACCGUCGGCGACCUAGAAAAGAAAUGGGACCGCGCCGUACAGCGAACACCAAGGGAAGGCGAAACAGCUGAGCAGAUCGCUGCAGCGCAGGAGGCGGAAGAGGAAGAACAUGCUAUCUUUGAGCUAGAGAUUAUUCGGGAGGUGGAACAUGAAGAUCCGGAGGCCCUUAAUCGUCACGAAGUAAAUGAAGGGCAGAAUCAAGGACAACCUGCUCAGGCACAGCCACAAGCUGGGGAGAAUGCCCCGGCUGAAGAUGGAGACGGGGCUGCUGGCAAUGGUAAUGGUAACGGUAAUAAUAAUGCCCAAGGGCAAAACUGGCCCAACGGCCUCGAAUUCCGACAAGACGUGUCCGCCACCUUGUCUGCAGACACCAUAAUGGGCGCUCUGUUCUUCCCGGCGGUGGCAGCAGCCAUGGGUGAAGUGCUCAAGAUCUCAUUGCCAGCGAAAUGGGUCGGACGCGGUGUUGGGGUGAGGGUAGGGGGCAGAGGACUCCUAACGGAGAAGUGGGGGCGGAGUCUGGUGGGAGGCUGUCUGUUCGUCGUGCUAAAGGAUGUAGUUACGUUAUAUUGCAAAUGGAGGAAAGCGCGGGAUUUUGGGCGGAGGAGGGUGCUUGAUUUCGUGGGGAAGAGGAAGAAUGGGGAAGCGAAGACGAAAUAAUGAUCACGAUUGAGAUGUAGAACUGCAUUGCGUGGCGUUUAGCGUUCAAUCAAGGGUGCGGGGUUUCCCCCUCGAGAUACAGUGGGCGGUGAGAGGUUUUUUAGAUGGGUGUGCCGAAAAUCGAGCACAAAGAUUUGCAAGUCGGUUCGGUUCUCUUUUGUUCUCUUCUGUGCUUUGUUGCUGGGGCUUUAGGUGCUUUGUCGUGCUUCGAGUGAAGCAGUUCUUUGCAGAUCUACAUUGCUCUUGGACUGGUAACUUCUCGGAAUGGAGGCCAAGUAGAUGUGUGAAAUUGCGAAACUGUGGUUGUGGUUGGCUUCUUGAGAUAGAAGCCAGUGCAUUGACAAAGUACCUAGUCCUUUGAGUCAAGAUGUAUUGCCUCGUAGAACAAGAAAAGAGCUCGUAAAUUCGGUGAAUCAAAACUCUUUCC